AUGAGUGACAACGAUGAGUUGGCGCAGCUUGAAGAACUAUUGUGUGCGGACCUAAAUGAAUUUGAUAAUAAUGAUGCUAAGGAAGUUUCUGUACGUGAAGUUGAUAUUUUCAAACCAAGUACAAGUAAUGUAGAAGUUGAAGAGAAACCUGAAGAAAGUAAACCUGCAAAGAACUCUGCUAUUCAUAAUGGUGAUACUGAUUCAUCAGAUGAUGAAGAAAAAAGAAAUUACACUGAACGUAAGUACAGUACCUAUGGAUCUGAGGUUAAGAAAAUAUUGGAUCAUCAGCAAGAUGAACAAAGAGAUAAGAGACUUGACUUUGAGACUAGAUUACGACAAACUAAUAUGGAUGUUAAAGUGGCUCAAAAUACUUUUAAAACCAAGAAAUUUAUUGAACAAGUGAGUAAAAAUACAUUUUGUGCACCCGAGAUUAAGAAACCCAAAGAAAAUGCCGAUAUUUAUACUGAUCCAGUUUUUGGAAUUAGAAUUACUAAGCCAUUGAUAUCAAGCACUGCCCUCCUUGACCGCAUGCAAGGCAGAGAAGCCAUAAACAUGCUAAGAGUGAAAAGACAUGUUGAAAAUGAAGAUUUGUCUAAAGACUGGGUGAUUGGGGGUGUGAUUGUAAAGAAGAGUGCUGCAAAGAAGUCACAAAAGGGUAACCAAUUCCUCAUAUGGACUCUCAGUGACUUGAAAGAUGAUCUCAAGACAGUUUCAAUGUUCUUAUUUCGAAAGGCUUACAACGAUUUGUGGAAAACACCAGAGGGUACUGUAGUAGCUGUUCUAAACCCUAAUGUUUUAGAUAGAUCACAAAAUAGUGCUGAACAAGCUAGUCUUAGUGUUGAAAAUCCUGACCGUGUCAUGGUUUUAGGAAAAUCAAAAGAUCUUGGAGUUUGCAAAAGUAGAAAGAAAAAUGGUGAACCAUGCACAUCUUUUGUCAACAUAAACCAAUGUGAUGUCUGCACUUAUCAUGUCAAGCAGGAGUACCAGAAGUAUUCAAGAAGACAGGAGCUUCAGUCCUCCACUAUGGGUAAAGGGCUUGUCAAUUUACAAAACAAAGUUUUGGGUAAAAACACAGUUAUUUAUGGUGGAAAAGCAUACAGCGCUUUGCCAAGUGGUAACUCAUCGAAAGUUAAAGAGAGAGACAAUAAUAGAUUAAUGUCACUCAGUGACUACCACAAGUCUGAGGGUAAUAAACUUAUGAUGAAUAAAGCACCUCUUGGGGCUGGCUCUAUGAAGAACAAUGCAAUAUUACACAGCCCCUCGACUCAGCGAACUAGUGACAAUGAAAGACUGAGUAAACUGUCUUCUAGCCCGAGUAGCACCAAGUCACAGAACUUAUCAUUAGCUGAAAGAGUUGGAAGUUCACCUAAACUAAGCAGCAGUGGCACAUUUGGUCUUAAAGGCAGUGGUACUAUAGAUUUAAACAUGAGCUAUGGACAGAAGGCUGCAGAAAGAGCUAAGGCAAAUGCUUUUAGGUUGAUCCAACAAAAUGGUGGUCUAUCAAAAGCAGACCCAAACAACCUCAAAGGUACACAAGCUGGCAAGAAGAGAGCUUUAGAAAAGUUAAAUGGUUCUAGUAGUGAUGAGAAUGAUAGCCAACAAUCUAAAUCCAAUGAAGAUACAAAUUCACAGCCAAAGAAAAUGAAAACUGUGAUGUCUGAUAGGUUCAAGAAAAUUCUAGAAGCAACCUCAGCUCACCAAAAUUUGAUACAGCAGCAUGAAGACGAUGAACAAGAAAAAUACUUCAGUAAACUAGAGAAAAAGGAACAAAUGGAAGAAAAGAUGUUGAAUACUUUCAAGCUUGCUUGCAAAGCGGUGAGAUGUGUGAAAUGCAAGUACACUGCAUUUUCAGCUGCACAAAUAUGUAAGGAUGAAAGACAUCCCCUGAAAGUGUUGGAUUCAUUCAAGAGGUUCUUCAAGUGUGCCGAUUGUAACAAUAGGACUAUUUCAUUAGAACUCAUUCCUCAACAUUCUUGCAGUAACUGCCGCAGCUCCCGCUGGGUGAAAGCUCCAAUGAUGAGAGAAAAGAAUGUUCAGUUAGCUGAGGGCUUGUCUAUUAGAGGUGAAGAGGAAACCUUCAUAGGUGGGCAGGUCACAUCAGGCAAGAACAUUAAUUUGUUAGUGCCUGAUAGCUAA